UUAAAAAAUUUCACUUUCACACCGUUUCACGCCUUCACAGUUCACGCUCACAGUUUCACUUCACCAAAAGGCAAAUGCAGAGUUGCAGAGGGCAGACAAAUAGAAAUGCAAAAUUGCAAAGCACCAGUCUCUUUCCAGUUUCCAAGUCCCCAUCUCCCACUCUCCCCGUCUCCCUGACCUGACUCCUUUUUCAUUUCCCCUUCCCCCUUUCCCCUUUCCCCUUUCCCCAGCAAUUUAAGAAAUCAAUUUCCCCCGAUCCGGAGCGUUCUUGGUGAGACGAAGAGGAGAAGUGGUGCUGCACUGCUCUGUAUUCACCUAUGCUCUGUUUCAUCUUGCAUUCUUGCUUGCUUUGGUGUUGCAGAUUCUGUAAUUUUGCAUAAACAACGAAGCAACGAAGCAGAUUUCCAGGAUUGCACUCUUGUCAAGGUUACAUGGCAUCUAAAAAAACUACCAGUGGCAAUAGACUUGACGUGGGAUGGCAAUAUGGUAUAGAUGUUGAUAAGAAUUCAAGAAGAGUGCAGUGCAAGUAUUGUCAGAAAAUUAUCAGUGGAGGUAUUUACCGUUUCAAGCAUCAUUUGGCUUGCACUCGAAAGGAUGUUGAGCCAUGCCAGCAAGUACCAGAAGAUAUAAAGAAGAUGAUGUUGAAUGUUUUGGUGAAAAAUCAAGAAGCAACUGAGAAGAAAAGAAAGGCUUUUCAAUAUAUUGGAAAAGAUGAAGAUAAUGAUGAAGGGAAUGAAAUUACCUCAGUGGACAAAGGAAAGAGAGUAGCAAGUGGGAGUGGAAGUACACAAACCACCAUCAAUCAGCUGCUAAAAAGGGAUCUUAGAGAAGAAGCAUGUCGACAAAUUGCAAGAUUUUUCUACACCAGUGCAAUUCCAUUUAACUGUGUGAAAAACCCUGAAUUUGUUAAGGCACUUGAAUUGGUUGCAAAGCAUGGGCCAGGUUUUAAGCCUCCAUCCUACCAUGAUAUUAGAGAGAAAUAUUUAAAGCAAGAAGUAGAUCACACGAUAAACUUGCUUGAGGAGUACAAGUUAGAAUGGAAAAAAACAGGUUGCUCAAUAAUGUCUGAUGGAUGGACUGAUAAGAAAAGGCGUUCUAUUUGCAACUUUUUGGUUAAUAGUCCUAAAGGGACAAUUUUUUUAUCAUCGGUAGAUACCUCUAAUAUAUCCAAGACUGCUGAUAAGGUAUUUGAGAUGUUGGAUGCUAUUGUGGAGAGGAUUGGAGAGGAAAAUAUGGUGCAAGUAGUCACUGACAAUGCUGCAAAUUAUAAGGCAGCAGGGCAAUUGUUAAUGGGAAAAAGAAAAAGAUUGUUUUGGACACCAUGUGCUGCCCAUUGUAUUGACUUGAUAUUGGAAGAUUUUGAGAAGAAAGUAGAGGUCCAUCAAGUAACUAUUGCUAAUGGGAGGAGAAUCACCUCAUACAUAUAUUCAAGAACUAUUCUCAUUUCCAUGCUCAGACACUUUACAAAAGGGAAGGAUUUGAUUAGGCCUGCUGCCACUAGAUUUGCUACUGCAUACUUAACUCUUGGAUGUUUGAGUGAUUGUAAGAUACAGUUGAUGACAAUGUUUACUUCCAUCCAAUGGAGGUCAUGUAGGUUUUCAAAAACAGAAGAAGGGAAGCGAAUUCAAAGUUGUGUUUUGGACAGCAAGUUUUGGCAUGAUGUUACUAUAUGUAUUAAGGCAGCAUAUCCUUUGAUAAAAGUUCUUCGAUUGGUUGAUUCAGAUGAGAAACCAGCUAUGGGUUUUAUAUAUGAAGCAAUGGAUCAAGCCAAAGAGAAGAUACAGGUGAAUUUUAGUUGUGUGAAAAAAAGUUAUAUGCCUAUAUGGAAUAUCAUUGAUGCAAGAUGGGAACUUCAACUUCACAGACCUUUACAUGCAGCAGCAUAUUAUUUGAAUCCUCAUUAUCAUUAUAAUUCUAAUUUUAAAGUUAAUGCCAACAUUAAAAUUGGAUUAUAUCAAUGCUUAGAAAGGAUGGUGCCCGAUGCAAGUGAAAGGUGUAAAAUUGACUUGCAACUUGAUUCAUUCAAGGAUGCAAGUGGGUUGUUCGGUAUUGAGGCUGCCAAGAUAACAAGGGAUAAAAAGACUCCAGCUAAAUGGUGGGAUUCUUAUGGGGAUGAAUGUCCAGAGCUACAAAAAUUUGCAAUUCGAGUUCUAAGUUUGACUUGUAGUUCAUCUGGAUGCGAGCGAAACUGGAGUGCAUUUGAGAUGGUUCAUACAAAACGAAGAAAUCGUUUGCACCAGAAAAAAAUGAAUGACUUGGUAUUUGUAAUGUGCAAUCUGAAAUUAAAUGAUAACCAAGUCAAAAAGCAAGCUAAUGAUUUUGGUGAAGUUUUUGAUCAUCUCUCAUCUGAUGAUGAUUGGAUAACCGAGGGAGAGAAACAUGAUGGUUCAUCCAGCUUUGAUUUGCUUGGUGUCAUUGAUAGUGCAACACGAAGGAAAAACGGUAAAGAAGAUGAAAGUGAUGAUGAAGAAAAUCUUAAUGGUGUUGGGAUGGAGUGUCAUGGAACUGAAGAUGAUUUAGAGAUUCAAAAUGAUGUCAAUUCAGAUAAUUCAAGGAGCUUGGAGUUAAAUAUUGUUGACAAUAUUGGUGUUGGUCCUGGUACUAGUAGUAGCACUAAUGUUCCUAAUAUCGGUGCUGGUACUAGUAGUAGCACUAAUGUUCCUUUAGAUGGUAAUGAUUUUGAUAACUGUUUUAGGAAUAAUGAGGGAGACAAAGGUAAUGACGGUGUGUUUAGUUUACAUGACACACCUACAGACUGUUUGUUUUAGGUGUGUUAACUUUUAGUUAUUGAAAUACUAUGGACAUGUAUGAAUUUUUAUUUGAAUUAUGUAUUUUAAGAUGUUUGGAUA